AUGCCCAAGAUGACGUCGCGUGCGGCCGUUCCGUUUCUGGUGGCUAUGAUGCUGCUGACUGGCGUCUGCAACACGCUGCUCACCAAGUACCAGGACAUGCAAUGCACGGCCCAGAUGUUUGUCGGCGAGAUGGGCUGCUGGCUCGUCAUCGGGCUCAUGGCCCUGUACCGGCGCUUCUUUGGAGCGGCCCCUACCGCCGCCGAUACCGAGUACCAGGCCGUCAACACCGACGAGACGGCCGACAUUGCCCCCGACGCCGAUGAGCACGCCGAUGCCGACGCCGGCCGCAAGGGCACCCUGCUCAAGGGAUUCGGCAUCGUCCUGCUCGCGCUGCCGGCCGUGUGCGACAUCCUGGGCACCACCCUGAUGAACGCCGGUCUGCUUCUGGUGGCCGCGUCCAUCUACCAGAUGACUCGCGGCGCGCUGGUGCUCUUUGUCGGCCUCUUCUCCGUCAUCUUCCUUCGCCGCCACCUCUUCCUGUUCCAGUGGCUCGCGCUCAUCGGUGUCGUCUCGGGCGUUGCCGUGGUCGGCCUUGCCGGUGCCAUCUGGCCAGACGAAAAGGUGCGCCAUGCCGGCGAGGUUGCCAACGACGGCGAAGGCCUCUCCGACGCCGGCCGCGCUAUUGUCGGCGUUCUCUUGAUCGCCGGUGCCCAGGUCUUUACCGCGACGCAGUUUGUACUGGAGGAAUGGAUCCUGGAGAACUCCCCCAUUGAGCCCAUCAGAGUUGUUGGCUGGGAGGGUCUCUUUGGCUUCCUCGUGACGGUCGGCGGCAUGAUUGUCAUGCACGUAAUCGUCGGCCGCACUGACGGAGGCCGCUACGGCGCCUUUGACAUGGUUGAAGGAUGGCGCCAGAUGACGACAAACAACGCGGUCUGGCUAAGCAGCCUCUUGAUUAUGGUUAGCAUAGGAGGCUUCAACUUCUUUGGCCUGUCGGUCACUCGCUCAGUCAGUGCCACUUCUCGCUCAACCAUCGAUACAUGCAGGACACUGUUUAUUUGGGUCGUGUCGCUUGGCCUGGGCUGGGAGUCUUUCAAGUGGCUGCAGAUUCUCGGAUUCGCCAUCCUCGUCUACGCCACGUUCCUCUUCAACGGCAUCGUUCAGCCCCCGCUUAAGUCGUUGCGUCCUGACGCGGAGGUUGAGCCUCUCCUGGCGGAAGAUCCUAUUGAGCACCCAUAG